GUCGCUCUUACGGCAAUAUCUAUUGGGGUGGAGGCGACUAAGGAUGCUCCAUGGAAAAACCUGGAUAGCCAUGGCCGUCAUACUGCUACAGAGGCUGGUGUGGAUGCCAGCCGUUCGACAUUGCCACUUAUCUGCCAUGUCGAUCCGGCCGGCAUAUUAUUCAUGUUGCAGCUCAUCAUCUGUGGUGAAAUCGAAAAAGACGCCAGGAUUGAGCCCUAUGCCGCCCACUUAUGUAACAAGCAGUAGGUACUUGUUACUAUUUCCAAUUGCCGUUCCUCUUCUCGCCCGCUUUCCGAUAGCCCUGCCCCCUUUAUUUCACGAUGCCGCCUUUGGCGGAGCUUGCCGCAGACAUUUGAUUCAACCACAAAGUUCUGGGUUUCCGCAUUUCUAGUCUUGGGUGGAUAGCAGGAUUAGCGCGUG